AUGGCGCAGGGCGGCGUGCAGGCGCUCGAGGCGAUGCUGUUCGCGAUGGACGCGGCCGCGCGCGCCGGCCUCGCGCCGCCCGCCGUGCGUCUCGGCGCGCACGUGCUCGACGACUGCGAUAACGACACCUAUGGACUCGAAAUGGCCCUCGAUUUUAUCAAAGGUGGGUCGAUAAGCAACAUAGACGACGAGGAGUACGAGUGCAACGCGACCGCCGUGCGCAAAGUUAUCAGCGGAGUGGUGGGCGCCGCCAGCAGCGUCACCUCGGUGCAGGUCGCCAACCUGCUGCGACUCUUCAAGAUACCUCAGUGUAGCGAGUGUUCUGGUCUGCUGCAGGUGUCAUUCUUCUCCACAUCUCCGGAGCUGUCGAACAAGGCUCGCUUCGAGUACUUCACGCGCACGAUCCCCUCCGACCUGCACCAGGUCCGCGCCAUGGUAGAGAUCGUCAAGAAGCUAGGUUGGCGCUAUGUGUCCAUUAUAUAUGAGGAAUCUAACUACGGGAUCAAGGCUUUUGAAGAACUGGAAACACUUCUGGCUCGAAACGAUAUUUGUAUUGCUGUCAAAGAACGCUUGGUCAAAGACUCCGGCGAGGCAGACGAGCGCGCCUACGAUGCCAUCGUCGCCAGACUGCUGUCCAGGCCGCGCGCCAGGGGUGUAAUAGUGUUCGGCUCGGACCAGGAGGUGGCAGGAGUAAUGUCGGCAGUGAGUCGCAUGCGCGCGACCGAUGCUUUCGGCUGGGUCGGCUCGGACGGCUGGAGCGCGCGCGCUCUCGUCUCUGAUGGCAACGAGGCAGCCGUCGAAGGAACCAUCAGCGUCCAACCGCAGGCCAACCCCGUGCUUGGCUUUCGAGAGUACUUUCUCAACCUCACUGUCGAAAACAAUUCUAGGAAUCCCUGGUUUGUUGAGUUUUGGGAGGACCAGUUCAAGUGUCGGUACCCGGGUAGUGCACGCACGCCAUACAACGUGCAGUACGAGCGGACCUGCACAGGCGCCGAGCGGCUGUCUGCAGACAACAUCGAAUUCGAAGCACAGCUGCAGUUCGUGACUGACGCAGUGCUGGCCUUCGCUCACGCCAUCAGGGACAUGCACGCGGACCUGUGCCACGGCAAGCCGGGCCUGUGCGACGCCAUGCGGCCCGCUAGUGGCGCCACCUUGCUGCGAUACCUGCGACAGGUGCACUUCACAGGCCUCAGCGGAGAUCAAUUUCAUUUCGAUAGCAACGGAGACGGCCCAGCGCGGUAUAACAUAUUACACUUCAAGCAAGUGUCGCCCGGGGUGUAUCGCUGGCUGACGGUGGGCCGUUACCUCGACGGCGAACUGCACUUGAAUAUGGACGACAUUCAAUUCAAAUGGAGCGAGCGGCGCCCGCCGGAGUCGGUGUGCAGCGCGGAGUGCGAGCUGGGCCAGGCCAAGCAGUACGUGGAGGGCGAGAGCUGUUGCUGGCACUGCUUCAACUGCACGCAGUACGAGAUCCGGUCCCCGGACAAAGAGACGGCGUGCGAGGAGUGUCCGCUGGGCACGUUACCAGACGCCACGCGCACGCACUGCGCGGCUGUGCCGGAGCUGUACCUUCGGCCCGACUCGCCUGCAGCCAUCGGAGCCAUGGCCUUCUCGUCGCUGGGCAUCCUGCUGACCGCGUUGGUGGUGGCGGUGUGGGCGCUGCGCGGCGACACGCCCGUGGUCCGCGCCAGCGGCCGCGAGCUGUCCUUCGUGUUGCUGGCCGGCAUCAUGAUGUGCUACCUCGUCACCUUCGCGCUCGUCUUCCGCCCCACGGAUGUGCUGUGCUCCUUGCAACGGUUCGGGACCGGGUUCUGCUUCACCGUCGUGUACGCCGCGCUACUCACUAAGACGAACCGGAUCGCGCGAAUCUUUGAUGCUAGCAAGCACUCGGCGCGCAGACCCUCUCUGAUAUCGCCAAAAUCACAACUCUUCAUAUGCGCCGUACUUGUAUCUAUUCAGGUGGUAAUCGUGGUUGUAUGGCAAAUAAUCUCUCCGGCGCGUGCCAUCCACCACUACCCGUCGCGCGAGGACAACAUGCUCGUGUGUGACUCGUACGUGGACGCAUCCUACACCAUCGCGUUCUUCUACCCCAUCGUGCUCAUCGUCGUCUGUACCGUGUACGCUGUGCUGACCCGCAAGAUCCCAGAGGCAUUCAACGAGAGCAAACACAUCGGGUUCACAAUGUACACGACGUGCGUGAUCUGGUUAGCGUUUGUGCCUCUGUACUUCGGCACGGCGAGCCAUGUGCCGCUGCGGGUCACCAGCAUGGCCGUCACCAUCUCGCUCAGCGCCAGCGUCACGCUCGUCUGCCUGUUUAGUCCGAAGCUAUAUAUAAUAAUCGUGCACCCUGAGCGUAAUGUACGCGCGAGCCUGAUGCCACCACGCUGGCGCUCGAUGGGCGGGGGCGCGGCCGCGGCCGGCGGCGCCAAGCGCGGCGCCGUCUGCGCGGCCCUCGUCGGCACCGCCCCGCUACCGCGACCACACGACCUCACGCCUUCCACCGACCUCUCUACGCUAAACGAUACUGAAAAGACAUCGACUGAUAGGCAUGUGCAAACGGAAGAGAGCAUCUUAUUCCCAAAAUUAGCGAGCGGAGUCGACGGCGCCCAAAAAGAAAUAGAAGAAAACGGUAUUGUAGUGGACGCGCGGCGACUGGCCGAGCUACGCGGCGGGCUGCCUGCGUUCGCGCCGGCCGAGAUGCGCGCGCUGCACGCCCCGCCGCCGCUCGCGGUCGCUGUCGCCAUCGUGGGCGGACAGAUUCCGUUAUAG